AUUGAACAUCAAGCAGGUGCAUCUUAAGAGGAAACAGCAGUACUGGGCCACUCUUCCCAGCUUUGCAUCCAUGCAGCCCUCCAUGCUUUUACCAAAUGCUUCCUUCUACAUGGCUCCAGAGGGGGACCCCCCACUGUCACGCGCCGGCUUCAUCAUAUUGUCCAUUAUUAUGGCCAUUUUCACUGUUCCAGCCAUCGUACUCAACGCCACAGUGAUCAUCGUGUCCCUCCUGCACAAACAGCUGAGGCAGCCACUCAACUACGCUCUAGUGAACAUGGCUGUGGCUGAUCUGGGCACAGCCAUGAUUGGAGGGGGGCUUUCUGUGGUCAACAACGCUCAGGGCUACUUUUCCCUGGGCAGAACAGGCUGCGUGAUAGAGGGUUUCGCAGUGUCCUUGUGCGGCAUCGCAUCCCUGUGCACAGUUGCUUUGAUUGCAGUGGAGAGGAUGUUUGUGGUGUGCAAGCCUCUGGGACAAAUAACGUUCCAGAAGAAGCAUGCCGUUGGAGGUAUCGCCCUGUCCUGGCUGUGGUCCCUCACCUGGAACCUGCCUCCGUUGUUCGGAUGGGGCAGGUACGAGCUGGAAGGUGUUGGGACGUCCUGUGCACCAGACUGGCACAACAGAGACCCCCAUAAUGUCUCCUACAUCCUCACUUAUUUUGCUGUGUGCUUUGCUGUUCCUUUUGCCUUGAUCUUGAUCUCCUACGGUAAACUGGUGUGGACGUUACGCCAGGUAUCAAAGAUGGCUUGUGUGGAAGGGGGAGCAGUGGCUAAAGGGGAGAUGAAGGUGGCAUCCAUGGUGAUCCUGAUGGUCCUGACUUUCCUGAUCAGCUGGCUGCCUUAUGCCAGCCUGGCCUUGCUUGUUGUGUUCAACCCUGACGUGAAGAUCCAUCCACUGGUGGGCACGGUGCCCGUCUACAUGGCCAAGAGCAGCACUGCGUACAAUCCCAUCAUCUACAUCUUCCUCAACAAACAGUUUCGUAAAUAUGCUGUGCCCUUCCUGCUGUGUGGCAAAGAGAUGGCGGAGGAGGACGAGGCAUCAGAGACGACAACCGUCAUUGAGACUACAAACAAAGUGUCUCCCAGCUGAAAUGUACAAAUGUCUUCAUACCUGUUUUGUCGCACAAACCUGAAAGUUUUCUAGACUGUGAGAUGAAAUGGCAGACAAGAAAUAUAUCAACGACAGCGUUAAUGUCACUGAUUUUUGUGUGAGUGGAAUACCAUUAAACAAGAACAGUAAUUCAGCAUAAGUUUAUUCAGUAAUGAUUGAUAGAAAAAAAAAUAUCCGUAUUGAUCGAAGUAAAGUCAAGGCCGAAAUUAAAUGAAAAAUACAAAAAAAUGUAUCAAUACAAAAUCUAGAGGAUUAAAUAUAUAUUAAAGCAUUUGCUACUAAGAGAAAUUAUGUUUACUGAAUAAAAACAUUGAGGAGCAAAUAUCAAGACUUUCAAGUAGAGAACAUUACCAUGGGUCUUCCCAUACCUUUGUACAUAUUUUACAUUAUCUUCUAUUUUAAUACAGCUUUCUGAACAUUAAUAGUUGUAAUAGCAUUAAUAAUCAUAACAUGAUGAAGAAAAACUAAUAUAAACAUUUGUAAUGAAUAUGCAUUUCUCUGUAAACUGGUACUUUACCAUUUGAUUUUUUCGCCCUACCUGUGAAACAAAGG